AUGGAGAUGGAGGUGCGCACCAUGGUUGAAGAAUUGAAUGGAAAACUGUACCUGAAGUGUCCUAAGAAUGCAACUUCAUGGUUAUUGGACAAUGAAAUUAUAGAUGACAUGGACGGCGCUCAGAAACUGGAUCUGGGCUCCAUAUGGGACGAUCCUCGAGGAUACUACUCUUGUAAAUACGAUGAGAAAGUUCUGAGUCUUACUGUCUAUGUUAGAAUGUGCCAGAACUGCAUUGAGGUGAACACUGGAACAAUCUCUGGGUUCCUCGUGGCUGAUGUAAUUAUGAUUGUCCUCAUUGCCCUGGCUGUAUAUUUUGUUUCUGGAUCAGAGACCCGAAGACCAGCUAGAGCAUCUGACAAACAAAUGCUGAUCCAAAAUGAGGACCCAUAUCAGAAGCUGCAUAACAGACAAGAAUCGGCGUACAGCCAGCUGAACAACAGAAAAUAAGUUUAUUUUACAGAAUGGAAAAAUGCAAAGAUUCGAAUUUGCUGAGCUCCUGUUUUUUGUCUUGUGUAUCUUAAAUGGCACCCAUUAUGGAAACUCAACCUGUGUUCUGCUUUGCUCUGAUUAAAUGCGUAAAAAUAA